UUGUCUGAUUCUUUUCUUUUCUUGUCCCACCCAUCCACCGAACCACCCACCUUUUUUCUUGAGCAUUCAGUAAACUAGAGAGAUAGAUCUGCAGAUUCUGCACCACUCACAAGAAAUCAAAAAUGGAAGCUCUCAUCUAUCAAUUCACCCUCCUAUCAAACCAAGCCUUGGAAGACAAGAGCUUCGACCCAUCCACCAUUGAGGACCUAAUGAAGCUGUUCGAGAUCGAAGCCUACAAUUCAUGGGCAGCCGUGGAGCUAGAACAGCAAAAAGAAACUCAAGAAGCUGAGGUUGCCAUGCAACAAGCCGAGGACUACCUUGAUUCGGUCAUGGAAAACGCCAUGGAUGAGUUCAGACGGUUUGAGGAGGAACUAGAAAGCAUGGCAAAGGCUGAGCUGAACAAGUUGGAGGAAACUGCUGAGAGGGCUAGGAAGAUGGGGAGCUUGACUGAAAAGGCAGCAACUAUGGCUUCCAAGAAGUAUAUAGAGGCUGCACUGAAUUCUGCUACUGCUUCCAUGAAAUCAGCUUGGAAGGGACUUUCAGCCAACAAGGUUCAUCCUUCUUAAGGGAUCAAAUUGCAUGCCCAAUAUUAUAUAUGUUGGACUAUCAUCUAACAUGGGAUUAUUUCUCUUUUAUUACUACAUAUUUGCAUUUGAAUUUCUUUUUUUAAUCAAUAUUUAAUUACAAGGGAAAAAGCCUAGAUUUGAAUGCAAGCUUGUUCUACCAAACACUCCAAAUAAUUUUCUAUAUUAUGAAUCUCUCUCUCUCUCUCUAAAGCUUA